CAUGGAUGAAACUUUGAUUCAUUUCGUUGAUUAAACCAAGAGCUUUUUAGUAAGACCAUAUGCAGAGUAAUUUCUAUAAGAAAUGAGUAAAUAUUAUGAAAUUGCAGUAUUUACUGCUGGGUUACCAGAUUAUGCUAAUUGGGUUCUUGAUUAAGUUAUUUUUAAUAAAUACAUCUAAUAUAGAUUAUAUCGAUAACAUGCUAUGUAAUAUUAAAAACACUUUGUUAAAGAUUUGUCAAGACUGGGCAGAAACAUGGCUAAAUGUAUAAUAGUAGAUAACAUUGCAGCAAAUUAUCAACAUUAAGAAGAAAAUGGGAUUUAAAUUAAGACUUGGUACAAUGACUCAGAUGAUAAAGAAUUGCUUAAAUUAGGAGUAUUUUUAAGAAAAAUAGCAGAAGAAAAUUGUUAAGAUGUUAGAGAUGCUCUUAAAUAAUAUAACAAUGUCUAAGUAUACUGA